AUGAUUGGAAAUUUUUCAUGUUUUACAUCUUCAUGUAGGAAGCAAGUCAAGUUUGCAUGUAGUUGCACAGUCCCUGAAACAAUGAUGUGUAAAAUUCACAAGUUAAAUCAUCUCAAAGGUAAAAAGCAUCAUAAAAUAAGAAAUUUUCAGCUAGAAGACCGUCAAGUAUCAAUUGAAGAAGACGUUUUUAGGAUACUUAAUUCAGAAAGGCUAUGAUUAGAAAAAAUCAAAAUGAUUCUAACCCAAAAUUUUGAGCAACCUCUACAAGACUUACUCAGAAUAAAAUUGUUGUACUUACUCCCCCUGCUUAAACUGGAACAAAAAUUCUUGUUCCAAUUUAAACAGGGGGAGUAAGAAAAUUUUUUUAUAAAAAAAAAUUAAUAAAAAAAAAAAAUUUAUAUUAAAAUUAAAAAAACAAAAUUUCAAAAAUUGAUCGAAUUAGAUUAAUAAAUUUGUUUAAUAAAACGCUAUUUACUCUUUAUCCUUUGAUAAAAGCAAGAUAUAACUAAAUUUCAUUAUUAGAUAAUACGCCACUAUUAAUUAGUAUCAAAACUAUUUACGCAAAAAUUAUUAUUUUUAUUGAUAAAAAAAAUUUUAGAAAAUUUAUCGAUCAAAGUGCUAAUUUUAUUUAAAUAAGAUGCUAUUAUACUCUACUCUUUAAAAUAAAGCAAGAAAUAAAGUAAAUUUUCAAUUUUUAUAUAAAGAAUUCGCAUUGAAUUUAUAUCAAAAUUAUUUAAAUAAAAAAUAUUAUUUUUAUCUAAAAAAUAAUUUUUUUUUAAAAAUUUAGCAAUUAAGAAUAAUAAAUUUAUUUAAAUAAUAAUAUCUUUAUGCUCUCUUCUUUAAACAAGAGCAAGAUAUAACUAAAUUUUUAAUUUUAGUUAAGAAGAAACAUUUGAAUUAUAUCAAAACUUUUGCAUAAAAUUAUGGUUUUUAUAUAUAAAAUUUUUAUUAUAAAAUUGAAUGUUGUUUUCAAUUUAAAGGGGGGUUAAUUUCCCAAAAAAAUGGAAAUUUAACCUAUAUUUUGUUUCCAAUUUAAAAGGGGGGAGUUAGAAGAAAGCAUGAGUGAAAUUGAUAAAUUAGCCAAAGCAUUUAAAAAAAUAAGUAACAUAGAAAGCAGAAUAUCAGCAGAAGAAAUUAUUCAAAGAGAGGUGUAUAAAAAUAAAGAUAAUUUGGCAGAUUUAAUUUUGAAUGAAAAAAAGACUCACAUUGAUGCAUUUGCACAAAAAUUAACUUUUAGAUCAUCAAAUAAUGCUGUUCAGAGAAGCCAGCUUUUAUCAGAACUUUAUCAACUUUCUCAUUUUGAUGAGUACGAAAACUAUAUUUUUUCUAUUGUCACACCAAAUUCUCGCACAAAAAAGUCCUAUAAAAAAUUUAUAAAAGAAUGUGAAAAUCUUUAUUUGUUAUUAGACAAACCUGAUCUAAAAAUUCUCAAACAACAUUCCCAUAUCCUUUUUAACACAGAUUUCAAUUAUCUUUACAGCUAUGUUGAUAAUUAUAAUGGGAUAGAGCUUUACGCUUAUGAUAUUGAAUCUCACAAAAUGACUAUAAAAUCUUAUCGUCCUAAUCAUCGCUUAUUAGAUAGUAUAACAAAUAUUGUAAAAAUUUCGAAAUCAAGUAUACUUAUCUUGGGGAUACUAGCAGGACACGCUAAAGGAUUUAUAAUGGAUUUAGGUAACAAAAAUGUAAGACAAAUUUUUCAAAGCAAAGUUCAAACUGGUCCUUUUCAUGAGCUCAAUGAAUUUAUUUGUUAUGAAAAUUAUUUGUUUGUAUUUGGAUGCAAAGGCAUUCAGAAUUGUAUGAAAAUGAAUUUAAAUAGCAAAAGAUGGCAGCAAAUGAAAUUUCCUUAUUUGCAUGAUAGAAUUUUUUCUGUAUUUUUAAAGAAUUACGCUUUAAUAAGCUGCUACAGAAAUUCAAAUUUUUAUCUGUAUGAUUUUUUGAUUGAGGGUUAUUCAGAAAUUUCUGAUUUUAAGUAUAUUAAAAGAAAGAAGUUUCUUUUUACUGAUAAUUUAAGGGUUUAUAUGUGAAUAUGAGGUUCAAUUUAUGAAAGUGAAGAAGAUAACCCAUUUAAAUGAAAUUUAAUUGCUGAUUUUAAAUUUGGAAUUCAUGCUGAGCCUAAUGGAAUUACUUAUAGUAAUUAUAUGGGAAAUCUUUAUAUUGGCUUUCUUAUAAGCCCACAAAUGUAUUGCUUUAAGUUUAACAGGACUAAAAAAGAAAUGGAGUUGAUUUAUCAAGAAGAUGUUAAUAAUUAG